UCCGAAAAAUUUAGGGAGUUUGAUCAGCUGUUGUAUUGUUAAGUUAUUGACGUUUAGAAAUAUUUCAAAUACAUUUAUAAAGAACUAAAACCGUUUUCGUUAAUCAAACCGCAAUGUUUUCCUGGUAAAUUACGAAAGUAGAAAACAAUGUGCGUUUUACAGCCAGGUUGAAAGGCUAAAGGUCCCCCAAUCAUGAAUGGUACACUUGAGAACGGCUCGUUCGUGGACCGUCGACCGAUAAUUACUUGUGCUGGUGAAUUAGAAGUAUUUUCUUUAUUAGAAGAUGGGUUAUCACAAGCUUUACCACAAGAUCCAUGUGAUUGGAGACGUUCUCUCGGAAGACCUGUACGUUCAGUACAUAUUGGUGCUAACUUUGCACCUUUUAGUCCAUCUGCUUUACCUAAAAUCACACAAUGGGACUUGAUAAGACAACCAUUGUUCCAUAUUUAUUGGACAGAAUGUACGGAUAUAGAUUUAUAUAAAGCUAAUAUAAAAGAUGAUAUUGAAUGUUGGUUAAAAGAAUUAACAUCACACGAAAUUCCUGAUUGGUUAAUUGUUGUUGUUGAAAAUUAUGAUGGAAAAAGAGCCAAUAAAUUAUUACCUAGAACAACUGUUUUAGAUAAAAUAAGAGCUGAUUUUGCACCAAAACAAGGAGAUCGUUGUAUAUCUGUGAUAAAUCCUGGUAAAGGUGAAUCACGUUCAGCAGAUUCUUGGCGAGGUUUAGUUAGUAGAAUACGGCAUUUAGUCUUAGUAGCAUAUGCAAAAGCGGUUGCUCGUUUAGAAGAUCACGUUCGUCAGCAACGUGAAAGACGAAAUGAGCCAGGUUGGAAUUUCAUGCAUUACUUUAAAUUACAAGAAGAACUCGCACAAGUUCUCGAAAUGCUUGGCCUUUAUGAUGAAGCUCUCGUUCAAUACGAUGAAUUGGACGCGUUGUUUUCCCAAUUUGUAAUUAACGCACAUUCUGGAGAAACAAUUACAUGGUUAUGCAACUAUCAAAAGCCGUUAGAACGAUGGCAUGGAUUUCAAUUAGGUGCGAAUAAAUUGCCGGAAGAUCCAUCAAUUUUGGAACUUAGGGCGUAUUUAUUUGCGAAUCAAGCGCAUAUGUUGUUGCUGACAAAUAAGAUUUGGGAGAUAGCAUCAAGAUGUUUACCAUUUUUGCAUAAUUGUACAAGGGAAAUGAGCUUGUUAGAGAUUGUCGCUCCGGUUGGGGCGCAAUCUUGUUGGUUAUUUCUUGCUUGUAUGGAAGUUUUGCAUAAAUGUGAAAAAUUUAAUCAAGCAGAUCAAGUUGAAGCUUAUUCAUUAAAUACUGCGUCAUUAUGGGCAUAUGCUAGUCAUAAGUUAAAAGACUUAGGAACAUUAUGUGGGUUAAUGCCAGGUGGAACACCAACUUCAGAACAACUACAUUUAGUUGUUGGUUUAUCAGCUGGUAUGGGGGAUAAUCCAGGACCUCCAGGUGCGCCAACGCCAACUGAUAAGCUCAAAAAAGCUUUAUGUUCGCAAGAUGCGUUUAAUAAAAAUUAUCUAGAAUUAGCGGAAUUAGCAAUGGGAACCUAUAAACACAUUGGACGCUUACGUUCAGCCCGUUUAAUCGGUCGUGAGUUGGCAUUUUUCUACAUGCUUCUAGGCGAAACGCAAAAAUCGGCCGCGUUUUUAAACGACGUCUUAAAAACAUUUGAACAAGACAACUGGAAAGAAUUGGCGGCACAAACACAAGUAGAUUUAGCAGAAUGUUAUAAGAAAUCAAAUGAUACUCGAAAAUUUAUUCGCGCUUGUACAGCAAUAGCAUCAUCUCCAGAUAUCGAUACCUUAAUUCGUUGGACUUAUUUCGAUGAAAUGUUAAAAAGUCUUGAAAACCUAGACAAGCCUCUACUAGUACCUUUUAAAGAUGUAGUAAAAGUAAUAAAUGUAUCGGUAAAAAAUGAUCAACCCUUAAUGCAGGAUCGCGAAUAUGAUAUAGAGGUGACUUUGGAGUCGAAUUUUCCAAGAGAGGUAUUGUGUGGAAAGAUCUUGGCUUCAUUAGAAGGCGAACAGGAACAAAGAAAGGGCAAAGAGAAAAAUUCUAGGGGUUUGAAUAAUUAUCGAACGCAUGAAGUCGCUAUGCAAAGAAUGAAAAUUCAAAGACAUAUUGAUUAUAAGCAAGAUAAGCAGAUUUCUAGCGCAAGUGUUGUUUGUGGGAAGCAUGUUUUGAAAAGGACAGAUAGUGGUGUUGCAAAUAAUGGGCAAAAUAGUGAUUUUAGUUUUAGCUUGGAAUGUACUAAACUGCCUCUAAUGCUAACUCCCGGUAUAAAUAUAAUAAGACUGAAGAAAAAAGCGACAAUAGUGGGAAAACGCUCCAUAGGUCACAUAGCUAUUUACAUCGGCAAAUUAGAACUAGUAUCCACUCCCGUUUCACCAAAAAUCACAAUAGAAGUAAAACGGGAAGAACCGUCGAUAAGAUUAGACGAAGGACAAUGGCCGUUACUUUUUGGCCUAGAACAAAGACUCGAACUAACCAUCACCAUAGGAAGUUAUAAAAUUGAUCCUAAUUGUAUAGUUAAAUUAAUAGGUUCGAGAGGCGUUUCGAUUCAACACAAUUUAGAUGCCCCUUUACAAUCAACUAUAGAAAUACCAAUCGAACAAACCGAGCCAGAGCAGAAAACGGUUACUACUCUACGAGUUUUGGCGGAUCAAUUCUCAAAAGACCAACAGAUUACAAUUCGAUGGCCGUUUUCGCAGAAACCCAUCCCCGUAGCUUUAAGUUUUACAACGCCCAUGAGUUGUACAAUGAGGCUACAUACAGCUCGUCAUAGGAAAUUUGUUCAAAUAUCCGUUACCGGUCAAUGCGAUUUACAUUUGACGGUUACAACUCCUAAACUAUUACUUGGGGAUGGUAUUAAUGUUAUUACUCAUAAUAUCCCUUCUAGUCAAAUUAUUACUAAUGGUAUUUCAAUUUCUUUUAUGUGGGAAGUAGAAAUACCAUCAACGAACGAUGGUGGGCCUUUAAAAGGUGAAUUUAGAUUACAUUAUACAGUUCAUUCUGAUUGUAAAAGUAAAAUGUACCAAUAUUACUUUGAUAUAACCGAUUACCAGACUUUAUAUAUUGUUGAAGCAAACGUGGAACCAACGAAAGGUAAUGAAUUCUGCAGAGUUGGUGCUGUUUGUAAUUUACAUUUGUCUAUUAAACCGGCAAAUCAAUCGUUACAAAUCGUCGGCACGAACUCGCUGAUGUACGAAGUAUUGGCGGAACAAAGUGUUUGGGCCGUUUGUGGAAGAACCGCGGGUGUGGUGUCUUUCAUAUCCGACCCUGAACCUCAAACAGUUACGUUGGAAGUUAUGCCUUUAACCAGUGGUUAUCUUCCUCUUCCAUUAAUUAGAUUAUCGAAGUACAUUCCUGCCGAAUUUACCGUUUCAGAUAAAAUAAUGAAACCGGAAACUCACCCACGUUUAGAGCCGUUUAGUGCAGGUCAAGUGUACAAUAGUAGCAAAGGACAGCAAGUUCACGUGAUAGCCGCUUCAACAGACACCCACAUUCAAUAAAAAAAUCUACAAAGCUGCUUUAAGCCAAUUUUUAAAAUCUAAUUUAUCAUAAAAAAUAUUUUUUCGUCUCAAUUUUUUAUACGAUUUUUUUUUAGUUAAAAGAGCCAUAUAUUGUAAAUAAUAUCUAUUUUGUAUAUUUGAUGUAGCCUUUAAACACGCUGAUUAAAAAACAAAUUUAUUGUAGUAUAAUUAAGUUUUUUUCAUAUAGAAAUUGAAUCUGUAAUCAUAUUCAUUUUCUCAUUUUGUACUCUUAUUAUUGUGCCAACAUCCACGCGAUUAUUUAAUUUAGAAAAAAGCAAGUAAACACUACUCAUCACGUUUUCGGCCAAAUCGCGUUACUUUUUUGACAAAUAUCAUGAAUACUCAGACGAAAGAUAUUGCUAUACGUUUGUUUAAGUGAACAAUGAUGCUAAGUAGAGGGUUAUUGUUAAUAUUUUUGUUGGAUUCAAUCUAAUUGAAUUGUUUUAUUCUAUAGAAUAUAUUGUUCUUUAUUUUUUCAUUCUGUUUUUUUUUGGUAGGAGGUUUUUGUAUAUUCUAAGUGCAAAUUAUAUUUUUUACUGUUACAGGUUUUUAUUUAUAAAAUAGUUCAUGUGUAUACAAUGUAUAUUGCAGGUGUAUAUAUCUUAUACUGUGUAAUUAUUACUUCAAUAAAAAUAAAUUAAAUGGA